GCAUGCGUCAUCUCACGGACUGACAGCCCAAUUAUCUGGCUAGGACUCGUGGUCAGGAGAGGUUUUCAUCCUUUAUUGACCAAGCCAUUAGGGAAUCGGUAUCCUACUUAGUGUCUCGUGACCAUGUCUCCAUUGUUAUCGUAUCAUCCCAACGACGUGGGACUCGUCAAUGGACUGUUGCAUUCGUUCAUCUCAAUAUUUGGCCACAACGGGUAGAAUUUGGCAAGUAAAGCUGAUCACUGAAACCGACCUGGCAACGCCCUACGCCAUGCAUCUCACCAGCAUUGCCGCACUCUCCCUUGCCACCUGGCUUGCGUCGGCCCAGACUGUGGUGACAAUAACACGAGGGCCACCGAGCCCGACCGCGGAGCCGGAAUGGACAUCGGACAACGCCUUCACGUCGGCGGUCCUCAAUAGCACAAACUCAUACCGCUACCAGCACAACGCCUCCGACGUGACCUGGAACGGCACCCUCGCCGGCUUCGCGGCCGAAUACCUCGACGACAUGCCGGGCGACAGCUGCGACUUUGAGCACUCUGGCGGACCCUAUGGCGAGAACCUGGCCAAGGGGUACCCCAACGCAACACGCAGCGUCGAGGCGUGGGGCGACGAGCGCGAUGACUACGAUUUCCAUAGGGGAGAGUUUGACGAGAAAACGGGCCAUUUUACGCAGCUCGUGUGGAAGAACACCACCGACGUCGGCUGCGGCCGCAAAUUGUGCGACGACGGGCAGUGGUACCUUGUAUGCGAAUACUGGCCGAGGGGUAACAUCAUUGGCCGGUUCGCAGAACAGGUGCAAGAAGAGGCACUCGGGGCAAGGACUGUUCCCGGCAUAUCGCUCGGAGUUGUUUUGAUAGUGUCAUGCUGGAUGUUGGCUUGAGGAAACAAGAAAAUUAGCGUUCGGUCUUCGAGGGUGAAAACCAGCAGCCAGAUUCUUGGGUAUAAGCACCAAUGCGUCCUGAUCGAUCCCUGUACUCCUCCUACAAGUGCUUGC